AAUUCAACUUUCUAUACAAAAGAGCAACUGGAUUCAUGGCAUUGGAAUCAAUGGGAUUGGAAUUGGCUAUAGCAAAAGCAUUGGCAGAUGGAAGUGCUGUAAUUGGCACUGUCCGUCCUGGAAUGGAUUUGUCUGUUGCUGCUCUUUCGACCACUACUGCAAAUAAAUCCGACUCAACACCAGUCCCUGUAACAACUGGAGUAGACGAUAUUAUCAAUGAACUUAAUAAUGGUCGUUCAAGUUUAUUGAAAUUGAUCGAAUGUCUUGGUCCAAUACUGACUCAUGCUGAGCCAUUCCAGAGAGCAAGUGGCGUUGCAUUGUUAUCAACUGUAAUCUCGCAAACUGAAACGUCAAAAAUAUCGGCUCAAUCUGCAACGGUGCUUUCACAGUUUUAUCUUAGUCGACUAGACGAUCAGCCAAGUGUUGAGCCUGUACUCAAUGGACUUUUGGCCAUGGUUUCAUUAAGCGUAUUGUCCAAGGAAGAAAAAACGGCAAUUCCAGCCAGAAUAUUUUCCGAGUUGAAUGUGCAGUCUUUUCAGCAAUCUGUGCGACAGACUGUAUUUAGACUGUUUGCAAAACUGUUUGAAACGAAUUUGGAUGGACUACACGAACUAGGAUCUGAAUUUGUGUUUGGCUUCAUUCAUGCCAUGGAUGGCGAAAAAGAUCCUCGCAUUCUGAUUCUGGCAUUCCGAAUUGCUCAGCUCAUCAUUAAGCAUCUUGACUUUUCAAAGCACGCAGAAGAUUUAUUUGAGGUUGUUUUUUGUUACUUUCCAAUUACGUUUCGUCCAAUUCCUGGUGAUCCGUAUGGCGUCACUGCAGAAGAUCUUAAACAUGAAUUGUGUGCGACUGUUGCGGCUACACCAUUGUUUGCUCCAUUUGCUGUUCCAGUUCUUUUAGAAAAACUAUCGUCUGAUUCUGCUGCAGCCAAGGUAACUCAUAGAUUGUCAUUUCAUACAUUUGUUUUCUAUAAUGCCAUCCAUAACAUUGAUUUUUGCGUAUUAAAGCGCGAUGCCAUGGAUGCAGUAUCUGCAUGUGCUCCAGUUUAUGAAGGUGCUUCGUUUUCUCCAUACAUAGACGCAUUUUGGGAUGCUCUUAAAAAAGAGAUAGUGAGUCCAGUUGAGCCAGCAAACGAGCUCUCAUCACUCAUGGCCAUUAGAGCACUUGUCAAAUCCUUGUCUACUGCUAUUUCAAUUUCACAAAAACGACAGUCUCCUUUGGAAAAAAUGAUUGAUAUCAUUUUAAAAGACUGCUUGGAAAAUUUGGCAGAUCCAGAUUUGAAAUUUGCCAAGCCUUGUGGAAAGAUUAUGAUGUCGGCUGCAUCUGCAUCCGAACCCGCUUGCAACAUUAUUGUUGAAAAAGCGCUUCCUGUAAUCCUAAAUGCUCUAUCUAAUGAGGAUGCACCAUCAAAACGCAAAACUCUUGCUGAUGUUCUUGGUGACUUUCUUGUUGCUGGACGAUCGGUUUACUCUUCAAAAAAUGGGACAAGUGAUGAUCUGAUGCAAACUCCCUUGAAGUUAUACUGUGAACAGCUUUUUGAUUUCUUCAUGCCAUGUGCUUUAUCUGAUUUGUAUGUUCCGCUAAAGCUUUCUUCACUUCGUGGAUUGACUGAAAUGCUGCUUUCUCGAAAUUUACUUGGUGCAAAAGAGGAAUGUGCGGUUCUUGAAUUGGUAUUGUCAUGGAUGCUUGAAGACCCAAAUACGCAGAUUCAUUCGGUUGCUUUAGAGACUAUUACAUCCAUUUCAGCAGAAAUCCCAGAUUUAGUUCAAAAUGUUGUACUUGAACCACUUUUGAAUGCAUUAAAAGCUGCCCAGACAGAAUUUAAUGUUUUGAAGAUGGAGUCGGCUCUAGUUUCUUGUUUUGCACUUUCUAAAAACAAACAAAUGCGUUCUGUUAUUUUGUCAGCGUUGAUCGAUAUUUUUGUCAGUGCGGCUACAUCUACACUUGAGUCACAUCCAAAUAUGCCAUAUAUACUUGCCUAUGAACGGCGAACACUCCAAAUUGUAGCUGAAAUUCUUUUAGAAUCGUCUACCCAGCCAAUCAUGCUUACAUUAGACCAAACUCAUACAUGUGAGCUUAUCUUCAAACUAGUGCUGACUUCAGUUAACACUGCACCGGCUAUGGAUGAAACUAUGAAGAAUGAAAUUGUCUGUCUUGUUGCCAAAGUUGUGGCAUUGAUGAUCCGGAGCCUUGAUGUACCUCAUCAAUCUCAAAUUAUAAAAGAACUCAAACACUCGUUUCAAUCAUUCAAUUCACCAGUUGUUUUGACAGACCCGGUCUAUGCAUAUUUGACUGCUGCAGUUAUGACUAAUGUGUCCAGUAAAACUCCAUUUGAUAUCCUGGAUUUAGAAGUGUAUUCCAAUGAGUUGAUCAACAUGUCAAUUCAACUAGACGGCCUCUAUGCUUUGGCUACAUCAAAGAUACUAGCAUCUAUUGUAAACAAAGGACAUGGUGUGCAAGGAAUUGAUGCAUUUGUGACUCAUUUUUGUCAAACCAAAUGCGAUUCGGCACUGGUUGCAGUCCACUGCACUCUUCCCCAGCGUCAAACUAUUUUAAAAGUAUACUCUUGGAUUGCCAAAGCUUUGGUGGUUAAAGCCGAUCCACGUGGAUAUCAAAUGACAUUACAGAUUUUGGGUCUUUUAAGCAAUGCGGAUCUAGGUCUCGCAGCUGCAGAUGCGAUAAAUGUACUCAUUUCUGAUGAUUCACAAGGUGUGCUUACCAAAAUGGCGGGUGCCAAUAUAAAAAUGCUGUACAAGCAGCGACUCUAUAACUAUUGUCUUCCCAUUGUGUCAUCUGGAUUUCAAGUCGCUAGUGAUGGUUCACGGAAUGCGUAUUUGUAUUCUUUAUCCCAUUUAUUACAUAAUGUUUCCAAGGGUGUUUUGUUGAGCGAGCUUCCCAAGCUUUUACCCAUGCUCUUGCAUUCGCUCACAUUAAAUGAGACAACACUCAAGCUGGGUACGUUGGACACGUUGCAGCAGAUGGUUAAAGAUGCUCCAGCGGUAUUAGAAAGUCAAAUAUCGUCAAUCAUGACACUAUUGCUUCCAAUGUGUCUAUUUAAAAAUGCCAAUCAAGGCAACGAUGCACGUGUUCGUGUAUCUGCUAUUGCAAUACUGGGAUUACUCAUGUCAUGGGUCAACUACACAGUGCUGCAUCCAUUCAAGCCGCGUGUUUUACAGGAGUUGGCAUAUGCUUUGGAUGAUCCGAAACGAGUUGUUAGGAAAGAAGCUGCCAAUACACGCAGUAUUUGGUUCAUGCCUCAACCCACAUGAUCUAUCCAAUCAACAAUUAUUCUACCGCUUUAGCAACGUUGAUACAAUACAUUGUUUUUUGAUAC